AGGGAGAGGCCGUGGCUGAGCUCUCCUGCCCCAGGGGCUGAGAAUCUUCUGCAGGACAAGGAGCACAGUCCAGGGCAGGGAACGUCCAUCUAUUGCGGAGCCCGUACGCCAUGAUGGCCACUGUCAAAGACAACAAGAGGAGAGAUAACUAUGGCACUUGGGAGAGACACUGAAAGGGGAGCGGGCAGCCCGAGGCAUAGCCCAGCCUUAGACCAGGUUCUAAGCUCUGGUGCGUGUUCCACAGGUGUUUACCACAUGGGACGACUUGGUGCCUUAACCCCCUGGAGCACUGCAGACCUGAGCGAAACCCUGCCCCUGCCAGACCAGCUCCGUAAGCUCCAGGAACGGCUUUACCAUCUGCGCUGGAGCACUAAGGAUGUGGCUGAGCGGGCUCUGCAGGAAGGACUGAAGCAGGCAAAGCUCCCAGGCGUUACCGGAUGGGCUGUUCACGAGAUCAUCAAUCAAGCUUUGGAGAAGCUGGAAGAAAUGCAGGUCCCGAUGCCAGAUUACGCCCUGAAAUCAGCAGGGGCUGCUGUCAUUCAUUCCAGGACUUCUCCAUCCCUCCGGAACGCCAAAGCCAAACUCUUCUUCUAUUCCCUGCCAUUGAUGGAUUACAUGAGGUCCCCUGAGCUUAUUCUGGAGACAGAAAAUUUUCCUGGAAACUGCUGGCCCUUCCCAGGAAGUCAGGGUCACGUGUUCAUCAAGCUCUCUGUGCCAGUCAUUCCAAGAGCAGUCACCAUGGACCAUGUCUCAGGGACAGCGUUCCACGGAGAAAGUAUCUCCGGAGCUCCAAAGGACUUUGCUGUCUACGUAAGUGACUUCUCUGGAGUUGUGGGCUGGGGGUUGCACAGCAUUUCUAAGCAGGGAAUGAAGACGGGUCAAAGAGUCCAGUGGCCUGAAGCUUCCUCCUGACUCUCAGAAGAAACAGGGUCCUUGGAGUCUUUCCCUUCCCAUUUUAUUCCUCUUUUAUUCAAUG